UUCCAUCCGAGCUAGCUAGUCAUGGAGAUGGAGCCACCACCCAAAAUGCUUGCCACUCUCAUCAUCACCAUACUAUUGAUGAUCAUGAUGGACACCUCUGCCGCGCUUGCCUCGGAUGCAGUGGUGCUUAGAGGACAAGCAAGAGCACUCCUCGUCUGGAAAGAUAGCCUCGACAACCAAAGCCAGCACGCCCUGCGGUCCUGGGGAAACACGUCAGCACCCUGCAAUUGGCGAGGCAUCACUUGCGGUAGCAGUGUGCACUGGCGUCGGCGGCGGCCUGUGAUCACUGGCAUCUCUCUGCGCGACAUGCAAUUGGGAGGGACGCUGGAGUCCCUCAACUUCUCGGCCUUGAGGACCCUGACGCGCCUCGACCUGUCAAGCAAUCAGUUGGUUGGUCAUAUCCCUUGUGAAAUAGGACACAUGAAACACUUAGUUGCAUUAAAGUUGUCUAGUAAUAAUCUUUCCAGUAAAAUACCGAAUAGCAUAGGUGGUUUGACCAAACUCACUUCCUUAUACCUUUACGGUAACCAACUUUAUGGACAAAUUCCACGAGAACUGGGUUACCUUCUAAACUUAGAGGACCUGCAACUUGGCACCAACACACUCUCAGGUUCCAUUCCAAGAAAUUUACGUAAUUUGACCAAGCUCGCCGUGUUAAGUCUCUGGGGCAACGAACUUUCUGGGCUAAUUCCACAGGAAUUAGAUUACCUUGGGAGCUUGCAGUACCUGGAUCUUAGUGAAAACAUACUCUCAAGUUCUAUCCCAAAUAGCCUAGGCAAUUUGACAAAACUCACUACCUUGUACCUUUUUCAAAACCAACUUUCUGGACAGAUCCCUCGAGAACUAGGUUACCUUGAGAACUUAGGAGAGGUAGUACUUAGAGACAACACACUAACUGGUUCCAUCCCAAAUAGCAUAAGUAAUUUGACCAAACUCACAGAUUUGAACCUUUUCAGCAACCAACUUUCUGGACAAAUCCCUCGAGAACUAGGUUACCUUGAGAAGUUACGGUACUUGGAGCUUGAGAAUAACCAACUUUCUGGACACAUCCCUCAAGGACUAGGGUAUUUAGUCAACUUAGACUACUUGUAUCUUAGCUACAACACACUGACAGGUUCCAUCCCAGAAGACCUAGGCAAUCUCACACAACUCCGUUACUUGUACCUUGACAAUAACAAACUUUCCGGCCACAUUCCCCGAGAAUUAGGCUAUUCAGUCAACUUAGAUGACUUGUCUUUUAGAAAUAAUGCACUAUCAGGUCCCAUCCCAAGUAGCCUUGGCAAUCUGACAAAACUUUAUAAAUUAGACUUUGGGCAGAACCAACUUUCUGGGCAGAUUUCAUGUGGAUAGGUUGGUUGUUGAAUAUAAAGUACUUUUAGAGCUUAGUAACAACACACUUAACAGAUUUCAUCACAAACAGCCUAGACUAUCUUGUAGUAGAAUUAUGUUGACAAGAAGUAGAAGGUGCACCAUCCUCAUCGACCCCUGCUGCUGCUUCUCUCCCGCACGGGACCAAACCCCUGCGCCAGCUCCGCUGCCGUGGCACAAGCACCUCCUCACGGUGGCCGACUGCACCUGCUCCUCUCCUGCACUCGUCCUCCUCGCAGAAAAAAAGAAGGCCCACGCCCUCGCCGCUUGGUCACUUGACACCGGCGCGCUCACCAGCGACUAGGCCACCGUCGCCACGGCGUCUGCGCCAGUGGCCCUCGCCGCCUUCUUCGACUGCUGCACGACCCCUCUCGCCUGUGCCACCGAUGUCGUUGACCUGCUCUCAUGCGAGGACGCGCGCCUGGGCCGUCCCCAAAGUGCCCGUCGGGUCCAAGGACAGGGCCGACGUCGCCACCAACCUCAGGAGUGAGGAGGCUCCUACUAGGGUCCUCCAACCGCGCGGCCACCGGCGUCCCUACAGCGGUCUUGUUCUCCAAGGUGCCCGCCGUGCACGGGGCCUUCCGGGAUUCGGCAUGGGUACUGAAGCUCGGGAACCAAGGAGGAGACAUUGAUACUGAUGACACUGGUGCAACCUCAGUACUGCUCCCUGCACUUGUCCUAAACUGGAGUCCCUAUAGAGACUACAGGGUAAAGUGAAGAAAGCUACGGAGAGCAGUGAAGAGGAGGAGAUUCCCUAACGUUCCCAAGGUACUAUGAAUUAAUGAACCAUUUUGCACGGUCUGGUUACGUAUGUUGAGUAGAUUUCAGAAGCAUCUUGAACAAAUAGCCACUCAAUUUUGUAGGGCCUUUCUGUCGGAAUGAUUGUCAGAAAGCUCUUUUUACCGGUGCAGGUAGCUACCGGCGAAUCAUCCACCGCUCACAUGCGCAGUGAUUCGUGCUAUAGGGAGCCCACAGACAAUGUAUAGAUGUGUAUAAUAACAACCCAUCUCUUGUAUCUUAAUUAAUAGUCAAAUCAAUGUCAGAUGAAAGGGACCCAUGUCAACAAUAAAGUUGUACUU